AUGAGCGUGAGAGGGGAGAUGGCUCCCCGCCGCCGCAGCACCUCUCCGCCGCCCGCCUCUCUGCCAGACGACGACGACAUGCUUCGGGAGAUUCUCCUCCGCCUCCCGCCGCGGCCUUCCUCCCUCCCCCGGGUCUCCCGCGUCUGCAAGCGUUGGCGCCGCCUCGUCGCCGACCCCCGAUUCCAACGCCGCUUCCGCGACCACCACCACGGCAAGCCUCCUCUCCUCGGCUUCUUCUUCGAAGACUAUCGCUCCUGUCCGUUUGUACCAGUGCUGGAUCGACCAGAUCGCAUCCCCCGGGAUCGCUUCUCCAUGUCUCGCCGCGAGGACAACCGCAUCGUCGACUGCCGCCACGGGCUUGUCCUUUUCCUCAGCGGAAGGCCGCCGCGCAGCCCAAGUGUGUGGGACCCCGUCGCCCGCAAGCAGCGCUGCCUGACCCUCCCACCAGAGCUGGACAACGACCGGAUGUACUUUUUCAACGCGGCGGUGCUUCGCCCUGCCCGCGGCCAACGCCGCCGUUCAAGCCAAUUCCAGGUGGCCCUGGUAGCCUAUGACGACAGAGGAGAAACAAGAGCUUCGGCAUGGGUUUACUCAUCGGAGACUGGCAUAUGGAGCAAGAGCAAAUCACUGCAGCUGCAAUCUUCUGUACCUAUGGACCAAUCCAGUACUUUGAUUGGGAAUUCUCUUUACUGGUUACAUACCUAUGCGGCGAAUGUGCUUCAGGACCAUCGUCAGUAUUUCGUACUUGAGUUUGAUCUGAAUAAUCAGAGCCUAGCCGUGACCGAGCUGCCGGCACACAUAGAACCCGGGUAUCACACAUUGAGGAUUAUGCCCGCCGAAGAUGGUGGGCUUGGCUUCAUCCAUCUCUCACUAUUCAAUGCCCAACUAUGGAAGAGAAAGCCUGAUUCUGAUGGUUCAGCUGUAUGGGUGCUCGACAGAGAUAUUGAAUUCGGGGAACUUAGAUCAACUUGCAAGGGCGACUCCCUCACUUUUGUUGGGUUUGCCGAGGAGAGUAAUGCAAUCCUUGUAUCGACAGCUUCUGGUGUCUUCGUGGUCUAUCUCCAGUCAAUGCAGUUUAAGAAACUUUCCAAUACGGUGUUCUUCUUUCCCCAUUAUCCAUAUGAAUGUUGCUAUGCUGCAGGUACUGGCAUUGUUGAUGUACAUGGCAGAGAUGAAGUGUUGAAAUAUAUGGGAGAUGCUCGUCUGUUAGCGCAUGUUAGUACUUUGUGA